AUGGAAGCCGGAAGUGGAGAAUUCGUAGCCGACACACCCGAUCGUUUCCAGCCAGGACAAGGCAACCCGCCGAGCGCUCCAACAACCGAGGAUGGAGAGGGGACGAGCAAUCCCGGUAUCGGCGCCCUGAUGCGCAGCAUCCUCGCUAAAAUGGAUGAACAAGAGCGGAAAACGAGCGAGCGAUUCGCAGCUCUGUCCGAAGUAUGUGCCGCCAUGCAGAGCCAAGCAGGAUCACCAGACGCGGCGGUCGCCGAGGAGGCCACGCCCGCAAAUCCAACUCAAGGCAGUGACGAGCUUGCCGAGCUGCGCGGCAAAAUCAAGGAGGUGUCGACUCGCAUGCACCGGGCAACAAGUUCGGCGCCCGACGUAGAUCGCAUGCUGGAGCAGUCACAAAACACGCCCUUCACAGCGCGCGUCCGCAAUGUGGUGAUCCCAAAGGACACCAAGAUUAACUACGCCCACUUUAAAGGUGACUCGGACCCGACGCAUCACCUCACCUCGUUUGAAAUCGCCAUCCAUCGAUGCAACCUCACGCCGGCCCAAUCGGACGCUGGCAAAUGCCAACUAUUCACGGAGCUGUUGAGCGGAGACGCGCUGGGAUGGUUCUCGAAUCUGCCGGCCAAUUCGAUCGACAAUUUCAAACAACUCUCACUCGCUUUCAUGAAGCAGUACUCGAUCUUGGCCAUUCCGGGGGCGACGGCCGACCUAUGGUCGACCGUUCAGAGAAUCGACGAACCUCUCAGGGGAUUCAUCGAAAGGUUCAAAAAAGUUGCCUUCCAGGUGAAUGCGCCCAACAAAGUCUGGCUGUCGGCCCUGAGGAGCGCGCUCUUGUUUAAGUGCCGAUUCCGGGAAGACCUCACUCUGAACCAAUACGUCACGCUGGAAGACGCCCUGCACCGGGCGACCCGCUAUGUAGAAAUGGAGGAAGAGCAGAACGUGCUCUCCCAAAAAUAUAUGCCGCCCAAACAACAGAUCCCGAAGAACAAGGAUGAAUAUGUCGAGCCCCGUCAGCACUACGACAAAAGCUAUGUCGCAGACGCUCGGAAAAGGCCUCCCUCUUCGUACAUGUUGGCCGAAGCAGAUCCAGAAUCGGGACCGAGUUCCCCGCUCCCGCAGCCACCUCCUCCCCUUCCCCCGCAAGUCGAACAGGAUCACAGCCUAUAUUGCGAGUUGCAUGAGGUGACGGGGCACUCAACAGCGUCCUGUCGUCACCUUCAAAGCCUGCUGCUAAACAAGUAUCUCAAGGGCGAUGUCGAAGUGACUCUCCGACAAUACAAGAGCGGCGGCCAGCGCGGUCGCGGUGCCGGUCAGCGCGGUCGCGGGCGCGGUCGAGGAAACAUCCAGAGUCGCCUCGGACCACAAGGAGACGACCGCCCAGCCCCGGUUAACGGCAAUAAUGCGCGUCCUGGACAGAAUGGUCAGGACGCCGCUCGGAUAGCUAACCAGGAAGACGAGCAGCUGCCACCGCCUCCAGCCAGACGGAGGAUCUAUAUGAUACAUAGCAAGGAUUACGAGCGUGACGACUACCCGGACCCUCAGGCGGAAACGGGCCUAGUGAACGUAAUCAUGGGCGGCCUCACCGCCUGCCGCGAUUCCGUGCGGUCAAUCAAAGAUUACGUCAAGGCCGGCGCGGCUGCGGUAUGGCCAACCAAACCGGCCCCAUACAUCCCGCCCAUCAUGUUUACUUCCGAAGACGCGCUCGGCGUCAGCUUCCCGCACAACGACCCUCUCGUCAUCGAGCUUCAGAUAGGCGACAGCGAAGUCACCCGAAUUCUGAUUGACACUGGCAGUUCAGUAAACGUCAUUUUUCGCGAAGUGCUCGACAAAAUGGGAGUCACAGAUUCUGAGAUUAAACCAUCAGUACGCCCGCUGACCGGCUUCGACGGCAACUACUUAAUGUCGGCCGGUACUAUCAAGCUGCCGAUUUAUGUCGACGGACAUGUAUCCCUGCACAAGUUCAUGGUCGUCGAGAAGCCCGCCGUUUACAAUGUCAUCUUGGGUACACCGUGGUUACACGACAUGCAAGCUGUCCCGUCCACUUACCACCACUGCGUUAAGAUGCCGACGCCAAAGGGGAUCUGUGUCAUCAGAGGAAACCAGGUCGAUGCCAGAAACUGUUUCGUUAUUGAAUGCAAACUCCGCAAGGCAAUCGAUUUAUAA